UUAACCAUCUUUGUCCGUUUAACUCAAAAAAGUGAUCUUUCUAUAUAUGUAUUAUAUAUAUUCCGAAUAGUCUCGACCCUUCUUCCAAAUCAAUCUAACUGUGACAAUGGCCAUCGUCGAAUAACGUGAUUACAGCAAAUCUGUACCGUUUAAAAGCUUGAUUGUUGCUCAGUACUCUGUUUCGCCGGAGAUGGAGGCGGCGGCGCCACUUCUCGGCGUCGAGGAUGGAGAUUAUGCUCCGGUGAAGACAUUUCGGGAGUUGAAGGAUAUGGUAUGGAGUGAAACGGUGAAGACUUGGGCGAUCUCCGGUCCGGUGAUAUUUCAAAUCGUUUGUCAGUACGGAACAAACUCUGUUACGAAUAUUUUUGUGGGUCAACUUGGAGAAAUAGAGCUCUCUGGGGUUUCCAUUGCCAUCUCCGUUAUUGCCACUUUUGCUUUUGGUUUCAUGUUUGGCAUGGGAAGUGCAACAGAAACGCUAUGUGGGCAAGCAUUUGGGGCUGGACAAAUCCACAUGCUGGGAGUUUAUAUGCAGAGAUCGUGGAUCAUAAUGUUCAUAUGUGCCUUAAUAAUCACACCAAUUUAUGUUUUUGCCACUCCCAUUUUGAAGCUUUUGGGGCAACAAGAUGAUGUGGCUGAACUGGCUGGGAGUUUCUCAUUGCUCAUACUCCCACAACUGUUCUCCUUUGUUGUGGCUUUUCCUACCCAAAAGUUUCUUCAAGCACAAAGCAAAGUGUGGACAUUGGCUUGGAUUGGCUUUGGGGCCCUUAUGAUUCAUGUUUUGAUGCUAUGGCUCUUCAUUUUUCAGUUUGGUUGGGGAACUACUGGGGCUGCUUUGGCCCUGAACAUCUCUGGUUGGGGGAUUUCCAUUGCUCAAUGCAUUUAUGUGAUGGGUUGGUGUAGAGAUGCUUGGCAUGGAUUCUCUUGGUUGGCUUUCAGAGAUUUGUGGGGAUUUGUUAAGCUCUCAUUUUCCUCUGCUAUUAUGUUUUGUUUGGAGAUUUGGUAUAUGAGUACUAUCAUUAUUCUUGCUGGUCAUCUUCCUAAUGCUGUCAUAUCUGUUGAUUCACUUUCCAUUUGCAUGAACUUGGAUGGAUGGGAAAAUAUCAUUUUCAUUGGAAUCAAUGUCGCCAUGAGUGUUAGGGUCUCCAAUGAACUCGGGAAGGCACGGCCUCGAGCUGCAGAGUACUCUGUCUAUGUGACAGUCGUAGAAUCUCUUCUACUUGGUCUCCUUUUCAUGGUGGCGAUAUUCUUUGCCAAGGAUCAUUUUGCUGUCAUCUUCACAAGCAGUGUAACUGUCCAGAAAUAUGUUGCCAAAUUAGCCUAUCUUCUUGGCAUAACCAUGGUUCUCAACAGUGUCCAACCCGUCAUAUCAGGUGUGGCCAUUGGAGCUGGAUGGCAGGCAUUGGUGGCUUAUAUAAACUUAGGCUGCUAUUACAUUUUUGGUCUCCCUCUUGGGAUUAUCUUAGGUUAUGUAGCAAACUUUGGAGUGAAGGGGCUUUGGGGUGGAAUGAUAGCUGGGAUUGCAAUGCAGACAAUUAUGUUGCUGAUUGUUCUGUACAAAACCAACUGGAACAAAGAAGUGGCGGAAACUUCGGGAAGGCUGCAGAAGUGGACUGGACAAGACAACAAAAUUAAAGAAGAGACUUAAACUAGAAGAGAUGCCAUUUCUAGAAAAAUUAGAAAUAAGCCCUUUUCUUUAUUGCUUUUGCUGUUCAUUUCAUUCUGACUGAAUAGGCAUGUUUAAGAAACUCAUUUGUGAUUUUAGUCCAAUUAUUUCAAGUUAGGUUGAGUUAAAUGAGUAUUUCGAGUAUAAGGAAGCAUUUAGAGUUUUUUUUUUUCCAUCAAAUCCUACAUCUUUCAAAUAUGAGUUCAAGUUUAUUUUGUUUA